AUGUCUUCAAGAAGGUCAUUGACAUUACAUGAAAUUGCUACAGUUCUUGAGGAAGAUGAUGAUUUUAGCAACCAGAGACAAGAUUUUGAUAUUUUUUUACUUCCACCUGACACCGCCAAUGAUUACCAAACUGACGAGGACUCGGGUGAAGAAGAUAACGUCAGCAUAAAUAAUUUGCCUGGAAGUUUGCUUCGAGCUCCAGCGGAGCUUGCUGCCUCAACCUCAAUGGAAAAACCAGAAACUGAGGACCAAACCCCUCCCGAAUUUCAAGAACCUUUAAAAAAAACGUGUCAUGAAUUACAAUUGGCGAAAACGAGACUUGCAGCUAAGACCUAUUGUUUGGAAACCCCUUUAUCAUACUCCUAUUGA